GGCUCCUCUUAAAAGACGUCUGUCCUCAGCGUGUGCAUAAAGUAACUACUAUGCCCUCGGUGGUCUGAGAAUCUCAGUGAAUCCAAGGCUAGAGCUGGCGCCUCACCAUGUCGGCGUGGCCGCUGCACACAGCCACUUUGCGUCUCCUAAGAAUAGACCGGUCCAAAUCCUCUUAAGUUCAAACCACAUUAAGUUGCUCUCUCCCCAUGCGCCGUCUCUGAAGAAACGCGCAGAGCUGUGCGGGAACGAGAGGGGGAGAAUGUUCAGGAUGUGGGAUCUCGGUGGGGUCUCUGGUGCCUCCAGUUUCCAGACGGGUGAGUUUAAGGGGUUCCUAGUUUUAACCGGCGCGUAACCGCAGGACGCAUCCCACCCAUGGGUGACCUGGUGGGUCUGGACAGCUUGGUGGCCAACACGGCCUACCUGAAGGCCCUGGGGAUGGACCGCGACAAGCUGAGGAUGCAGCGGGUGUCCUUCACGCUGCCCAAGCCCAGGAAGUCCUCUGCUUCCUGGGCGGCAGCCGAGAGGACCUACGAGUCCCUCUGUGAGCGACAGCCCAUAGGGAGGAAGCUGUUCCAGCAGUUCCUGCGGACCGCCGAGCCGCAGUGCGCGGCUGCCGCCGAGUUCCUGGAGGAGCUGAGCGACUGGGGUUUCGCUGAGGACGGACCCAAAGAGAAGGCCAAACAGAGGAUACUGUCCCGGUUCUGCCAGCCUCAGGCGCCGACGUUCCUCUCCUACCUCACGACGGAGGACGUCAGGACGUGCCUGGCUCUGUCGGACGUCAACGACGAGGCAGCCAUGGGCCGGAUGAGAGAAGCAACCAGGGAGUUCCUGAGAGGAAGGCCUUUCUCGGAGUACCUGAGGAGCCCCUUCUUUUGCAGGUUUCUGCAGUGGAAGGAGUGCGAGAGGCAGAAGAUUACUGACAGAUAUUUUUACGAGUUCAGGACUUUGGGCAGAGGCGGCUUCGGUGAGGUGUGUGCGGUGCAGGUCAAACACACAGGCCAGAUGUACGCCUGCAAGAAGCUGGACAAGAAGCGCCUGAAGAAGAAGGGAGGCGAGAGGCUGGCCCUCACCGAGAAGCAGAUCCUGGAGAAGGUCGACAGCGCCUUCGUCGUGAACCUGGCCUACGCUUACCAGAGCAAAACCCACCUGUGCCUGGUCAUGAACCUGAUGUCGGGGGGGGACCUCAGGUUUCACAUCUACGAGCUGGGCGAGAGGGGCAUCCGCAUGGAGCGCGUGGUUUACUACGCCGCCCAAAUGGUCUCCGGCAUCCUCCACCUGCACUCCAUGGACAUCGUGUACCGCGACAUGAAGCCUGAGAACGUGCUGCUGGACGGGAAGGGCCAGUGCCGCCUGUCGGACCUGGGACUGGCCGUGGAGCUGCCCAAAGGAAAGAUGGUCUGCCAGAGGGCUGGUACGACUGGCUACAUGGCCCCAGAGGUCCUGAAGCAGGAGUACUACCGCACGUCCGUGGACUGGUGGGCUCUGGGCUGCAGCAUUUAUGAGAUGGUGGCGGGUCGCUUGCCCUUCAAAGACUUCAGGGAAAAGGUACAGAACAGCGAGGUGACCCGCCGUACUCUGGAGGACGACUGCAAGUUUGAAGGCAAACACUUUGACGGUCCAACCAAAGAUUUAAUCAACCACCUUCUCAGGAGGAAGGUUGCGUUUCGCCUCGGGUGCCGCAAGGAUGACGACCCAAGGACUCACACAUUUUUCAAGAGCAUCAAUUUCCACCGUCUGGAGGGAGGGCUUGUGGAGCCCCCCUGGGUGCCAAAACCAAACGUGGUCUACACCAAAGACAGCGAGGACUUUAGGGACAACUCCGAGAUCAAGGAUGUCAAGCUCGACGCCAAGGAUGAGAAAUUCUUCAAGGAGUUCAGCACGGGUGCCGUCUCCGUCCGCUGGCAGAGCGAAAUGAUCGACAGCGGCGUGUUUGACGACAUGAACAACCUCGAAGUGAACGGCCACGGCCACGAGAGUGUGUGGACAUCCAGGAUGUGCGUCGUCUUGUGAGAUUCUGCUCACCUGGCUGGAUCUCUUUCCUCGGAAACCUGUGGAAUUGGGUCGUUGCAAUAUUCUGAGCGCUGUGCGCUAAAUUAAGCUGCUCAGGAACAUUUCUGGCACUUUGCCUUUACUCUUAAGGCCAAUGCACUUCUUUUUCUAUUGUAGUGCUAGAGAGUUGUACGUAACAAAAAGUCAGGGAAUAAUGCUGCCGGAGCCAAACAUGACGAAACAUUUGUCACAAAAGUUAAGUGCAUAUAAGGGCUCGGCUGCUUCAUACUUUGCCCUCUAGUCCUAGUUAGACAGCCGGUCCCAGUGGAUUCAUAGUUUCCAUGACAUCACGCCGCCGUUUCAGCAGGAAAUUGUUUGCAUCUGUUUGUAAACACGCUGCAUAAUGGUUGUGGGUCAUACAGACAAACUGCUGUUAUCAUCAGCAUUUGCACUUAGAUCCUAUAAUUCUUAUAAAUUAAUAACGUGCCAAAAGCCAAUAGGGCCUAUUGGUUGUGAUAAGGCAAAGCCUUAAUGCAGUGAGAUUGAUAUAAAUCCUCCCACUGGCAGACAUUCACCACUAUGUGCCGCCAAACACCAACAAAGUGCACUAAAGCCUACUUCUCAGCAAACCCAUUAUCUUGACUGUGCUGUUCUGGUAUUUAUGAGGAUUUAGUCAUUUUUAAUAAUGAAUCCAGGAAAGAAAAACAACAACAUUGUCCCCACACGCAGAAAAAGCAAGUGCCAAUCUGCUUUUAAUGAGGACUGUUUUAUCUAGCAUUCACAAGCGCUUACUUUGUGGAUACAUAUUUUCCUGUCACAAAAUCUACUUUAUCUGUUAUGUGAUUAUACUAACACAUUUAGGCAAUCGUUUCAGUCCUUCAUCCUGUGUUUGGGACAGAUUUUCCUCAGUCAGCAGAGAAUAAAAAUACUUGAAGUAUGUUAGCUGAGCUACAUUUUAGCAAAGACAUUGAAACUCAUGAUGCAGAGCUAACAAUUUAAAGAGUUAACCUCACGUUUAGGAAUUGUUUCCCCUAUUAAUACCAACUGCUAGCCGACAAUCUACCCUUUCUUACAAGUAAACAUUUCACUAUAAACAUUAAACUCUUAAUUCCUAAUUUUGUAGUUUGCCAAAAAAAUAAAAGGAUGCACGUUAUCCAUGAUUAUUCAGCUACCAGUUUUGAGAGGUGACAUUCUUUAAAAUGUACAAACUAUAUUUCUCUAAAGCUAACCAUUUAAAUGCCACCAUCACAUUUUAUAAAAGCGUUGAAUAUUAAUGCGUCAUGUCACGCUAGCUAAAAUAUUUAAGCCAGUCAUUUUAAAUGUUAGCUUUUUAAAUUGCAUGUAAGUAUGUUUUCCUUAAAAUUUAAACAUAACUGAAAUGUGCUUUCAACUUUACCAAAAAGCUAAAAAUUCGUGGUCCAUGUCUAUUAAAGUGGUGCCGGCAUUUUUAGUUCAAACUUUUAACGCAACCUGCUAGCUAACAGUUGUUAGCUAGCAGUUUCAGCGUAUUAUCUAUUGUUUUUUAUGUGUUUUUUUUAUAGCUAGUGGUUUUAAGCAUUAGCUUUUAGCUUUAGCAUUAGUUUAUCUUUUUUUAAAUGGUAACAUAGACAUGCACCUUUAGUUUCAAACUUUAGCAAAAAUAGCCAUUGUUUCUAACAAGCAUAAUCAUUUUCCUGACAGCUAAAAUCCGUUCUCCAUACUUUUUGGUUUGUUUAUGAAAAAGAGUCAAAUAUUGACACAGCCUGGUUGCUAACAAUUUUUACUUUUAAUAACAGCUGCCAUAAUCACAUAAAAUUUGGAACACAUCCAUAACAUUAGCAUUAUAAUGGAGAAAUUAGCAUGUUUGCAUUACAUAACAGCUAGCAAAUUUAAAGAUUUCAGCUGAUAAAUCCAGUGGUUAUCUGCAUUUCCUUACCCACAAUAAGAAAACAAUAAGAAAAACAAGCAGCAGGAUAAAAAAUAGGAUUUGCUGGACAGCCAAGUAACUGAUGUCAGGCACAAAAGUAACUAUGAUGAAGAAACAAGACGAGAGUUCCCUCGUGAUUGGUUGGCUUUAGUAAAUGUUAUCCUGGGAUAAUGACUUUCUGAAUAAUUAUCAUCCAGUGUAACUUGCUUCUUACUUGAGAAAUUCAACUCAGAUGGAGUAGAAGAUGAUUACAAUCAGACAGAGAGAGCAUGCCAGUUUAGGCCUCAUAUGUUUGAGCCAAGUUGGAAGCUAGUGGGCAAAAGCUUAAGCAAACGACGAGGAUAACGGUUGUCUUAAGAGCUUCUGGUAAACUAUUUAUAGUUCUUAUUAAAGGUUUACAUAGAUGUUCCCGUGCAUGUUCGCCAUUUGUAAACGCUAUAUUCUGAUGGUAUGGCUUCCAUGUUUUAUUUGACCGGCCACUACAACAGUCAUACAAAUUCAGCGCAAUCUGCAUGAAGCA